UCAAUUCAUCAUUGACUUUAAACUAAUAUAACAACCAAAAAUUUGAAAUACAAAAAUCCAAACUUUCCGCUCCCUCUCUCUCCCCCCAUCUAUUUAAACGGAUACAACUAUUAUGCACAAAUGCAUAUGAACGUUGAAAGAAUUUUGAAAGAAUUGGUGAAGAAGAAGAAUUUAUUUUGAUACUUGUUGUGAUUUUUCAAGAAAUGGCAUCAAAUAUUGGGAUGAUGGAUGGCGCUUACUUUGUCGGGAGGAAUGAGAUUCUUACAUGGAUCAAUGCAAGGCUUCAGCUUAAUCUCUCUCGUGUUGAAGAGGCUGCCUCUGGUGCUGUGCAAUGUCAGAUGAUGGACAUGACCCAUCCAGGAGUUGUUCCGAUCCAUAAAGUGAACUUUGACGCUAAGACGGAAUAUGAUAUGAUCCAGAACUACAAAGUACUGCAGGAUGUUUUUAACAAACUUAAAAUUGAUAAGCACAUUGAAGUCAAUAGAAUUGUCAAGGGAAGGCCUUUGGACAACUUGGAAUUUUUGCAAUGGCUGAAACGCUAUUGUGAUUCAGUGAAUGGUGGCAUUGUGAAUGAGAAUUACAAUCCCAUGGAGCGCAGAUGUAAAGGUGGAAAGGAACGGAAUAUCAAAGGUUCUCAAAAGAUUUCCAAGUCGUUGCAAACAAACAACUCUUUUAUUUCUGGCUCGGGUGACGAACUUGGCAAUAAUAAGAUAUAUGGUCAGCCCACACCUUAUCUUUUUUCAGUUAUUUUAACUUUUAGUACUUCGCAUUCUUGUUCAAUAUAUAUUGAUAUAGGUAUAAAACAAGGAAAGUCGACUUCUGGCAAUUUCAAUUCUUCAGUGGAGAUUCAAGCAUUGUCAAAGGAGAUGACAAAUCUCAAGCUCUCUGUUGACCUCUUGGAAAAGGAAAGAGAUUUUUACUUUGCAAAAUUGCGAGAUAUAGAAAUCCUUUGUCAAACGCCCGAGUUGGAAAAUAUUCCGAUGGCCGUGGCCGUUAAGAAGAUAUUAUAUGCUGCUGACGAGAAAGAGUCUGUACUUGCAGAGGCUCAAGAAAUUGUAGCUCAAUCAGUGGACAUGGGAGAAGCUGAAUAUUCCUACGAUGAUCAAUGAAUACUAACUGAAAAUGCCUAAAACGGAAAAGAAACUGUUGGCAUUUUAGUCGUUUUUAGGUUGCUGAUCUUCUACCACCUCCAUAUGCUGGAUGAAUGGCCGUGGUAUGAGCACACGAUAAUUUGUGCUUUAGAUUCCAUUUUUCCUCUCUUUUUUCUUGUUUUUGUAUUUUAUUGUAGAGGGAACAAAAAAUAUUCAGGAUAAUUGAGCAUGCUGGGUGAGAAGCAGCUUUGAUUUUACAGUGAAAUUAUUGAUUGUUCCUGCAUUA